CUCGCUGCGAGGCGGCGGCGCUUUCGCUUUCGGUUCCUGGCGGCGGAGCUGAGGGUGUGCGGCCGCGGGGAGCGCCCCGUGCCGCUGCCCGGCCUCCGCUGGGACCCCGCGCACGGGGGUGCUGCCGGGGGCCGCGGUGUCCCGGUGCCCAGCUGCGGCUGGGAGUUGCUCUCGCUCGGGAAGGGGCAAUCCGCGGCUCUCGGCGUUCUCAGGACGCUGCCGUCCGCGAAAGGAAGAAAACAGCAACAGCCAAAUGAAAACAAAACAGCAGCACUAAAAAACAAACAAAAAGCAGAGAGAAGCUGGGCCGUGAGUGUCACAGGAAGAGGCUUCCAUGAUGGAUGAGACUUCGGACGAACCUCCCACUUCUGCUGUCCUCUUAGACAACUGCCACUUCUCCCAGGUCAUCUUUAACAAUGUGGAGAAGUUUUAUGUUCCUGGAGGAGAUGUAAUCUGUUAUUAUACUCUCACACACAACAUAGUUCCUCGUGGGAAGGACUGGGUGGGCAUCUUCCGGGUGGGAUGGAAAACAACCCGGGAAUAUUACACAUUCAUGUGGGCUCCUCUGCCCAGUGAUGUCCAUGGUGAUACCGCUGUGCAGCAACAAAUCCAGUUCAAAGCUUACUACCUACCAAAGGAUGAUGAAUACUACCAGUUCUGCUACAUCGACCAGGAUGGUAUGGUCCGUGGAGCCAGUGUUCCUUUCCAGUUCAGAGCAGAGACUGAGGAUGAUAUCCUGGUGGUAACCACACAGGGAGAAGUGGAAGAGAUUGAACUACAAAACAAAAAUUUGCUUAAAGAAAAUGAGGAGCUGCAAGCAACCUGCGCAAGUCUCCAGAAACAAAACACAGAACUGCAAGAAGAGCUCAAGAAGACACAGAAGCUGCAGAAUGGUUUAGAGUCUCUUAGGAGCAGCACAGAAAAACUGGAGCUGGAGUUGAAUUCCCUGAAAAAGGAAAAUAAACAUCUAAAAGAGCUAGAUGAGUGCAGAGAGGCAGAACUGCACCAAUUCAAAGAGCAAAUUCAGAAUGUGACUUCUGAAAAGGUAAACUUGGAAACCAGAUUGAAAACAGCCCUGGAUCACAUGGACCAGCUGCAGUCUCAGGUGUUGAAUUAUGAGAAAGACAUGGAUAACCUGGUUCGUAUGGACCAUGACAAGACUGAGCAGCUUGAAAGUUUAAAGGAAGAGAAUCGUCAGUUACGCAUGACUGUAACUCAACAGAAAGAGCAAAAGAAGGAGCUCGAACAUCGCUUGGAGAACUUGAAAGGGACAGAGGCCAACUUGUCACUUCGUCUGCAGAAUGAGCAGCAACAAAACAGGGACUUAAUGAAAGAACUUGAAGAGCAGAGGCGUUUGUUUCAGAUGUUGCAAGCAAAAAAGAAUGAAUCUGAUGAGGAAAAACAGAAACUGAGGGAAGAGAAUGAUACCCUUCUGAGGCAUCUCUCUCAGACUAGAGAUGUUUCUUCUUUCUCUGCUGCUUCACAAGCUCAGGCCCCAGUUUCAGCUCCUGAAGGAGGAUGCCUUGUGUUUGGUAAUCCAUAUUACGCUGCAGAAGCAAACCUGGAGUCAAAAGCUGCCAGAACAGAUUCUAUAAGGAAAUGCCCCAUGUGUGAUGACAUAUUUCCUGAAGAUAUUGAAGCAAGUGACUAUGAGGCCCAUGUGCACAGCCAUCUUCUGGAGUGCCCACUCUGCAAUGAGACCUUUGAAAAGUCCAAUCAGCAGGUGUUUGAUGACCAUAUUUUUUGCCAUGACCUGGAAUAAUUCUGAAUUCCUAUCUGUUCUGUAGAAUAGGUGGCAGAGGCCACAGGAUAGAAUAGAGAAAAAGUAUUCUAUAGACUUGAUUCAUACUAAUAAGAGCAACCUGACAAAACUGCAUAUGCUACUAGUGCUGUGAUUCUGAGCUUUCUGUUCCAUGCAGUAUGUGUAUAAUUGGGUCAAAUAUCCAUAUCCUGAAAUUGAAUUGUCAUCAACUUAAGUCCUCCGUCUUGGAUCAAAUGUAUGUGCUUUUUAAACGAGUCACAAAUCCUAUCAUUAGUAAUGUAGUUGAAUGUGGUACCAGUUCUUCAUAACAGGAUUGUCUAUGUAGCUGUUUAUCUAGGUAGGGCCAAAUAAUAGAUGUAAUGCAACAGUUUUCUGUACUUGGCUGAUAAAUCUUUAUUAUAACGAUUUUAUUCUUCAAUAUAGCACUGUGAUUGCUAACCAAAGACAAGAAACAUUGCGUAGUCUUUUAGGAUCACACCUUCAGUCCAGCUCAGCUUCUGGAAUACUGAUUUAAUUGCUAAUAAAUAUAAAUUCUAAAUGAAAAUACAUUUUACUUUCUUUUGUCAUCAAUCACAGAACAAGUGAAAUAUAUUUAUAAAGAGACUAAAUACCUGUUUCUAGAUCUAAAGGUCUAGGGCUCUUCUUACAGCAAAGUAGGCAAUAUAGCUUGUACAACACGGUGCAUUCACUGUUUUCCCUUUUCUCUAUAUGACCAGACUUAAAGUGGUGAUACACUUAAACUGUGCUUGUGCAAUCUGACACUGUCAUGCAUCCAUCUCAUAAUGAAGGAACCCUGAAAUUUCUGAAACAGGAAAGGUCAGCAUGGCAUGGAGCCAAUAGGAAAGCAGUAACUGAGUUUUCUUAACAGUGGUGAGGAUAAAUGGCCUCUUUGUCUUGAAACUGGGCAUCCUCAUUUAAAGGAAGUGAUGAAUCUGGAUUAUUUCUCUUCAAUGUUUCUAAACCUAAUUGAUUUAAAAAGAAGAGCUUAUUCUGAAACCAAAACAUUGAUUCAAAACUGCUAAGUGCCUUGGAAUAUUACAAUACUUUGUAAACAGAUUAUCCAGUUACUAUUCUUAUUUCUGCUUUGGGAUUUUCAAGUUAUGAUUAACAGUUAUUUAGUCUGUGCAAACAUAAAUGGGUGAAAUUUUAUUAUCCAGCUGUAUUAGACUGGAUUUCCUGCUGAAUAUCUGAAGCAAUAGAAAAUCCUAUGUUUACAUAGUUUACGUAGAGUUUUAAGACUAUUAAGAGUAAGAAAGACUUCAAAAUGUUUUACUGUUUUGUUUAUACAUAUUUUUUAUCAACCUAUGUUUAAAUAGAGUAUUUCUGUCUUUAAGAUGUACUAUACUGGAAAGCAUUAUUUUAAAAAGAAAAUGUAACAGAAAAUAGUUGUUGUUAAAAAUGAAAACUGUACUGAGAAAAUCCUUGAAAAAGAUGACUGUCUAUUUUUCUGAAAUAAAUUGGGGAAAUUGA